AACGCUGGGGUAAUUCCCAUUUUUACCCAUUGAUUUCUUUGGAAUUAGCUUUGGGAGAACGACGCCGUUUUUUGUGAAGCACAGUGUUGGGCUUUCAAGCGAUACAAGCUUUGGGCAAGUCCGAGAGAGGUCAUUUGAUUUUUUUUCCUUUUUUCCUCCCUCGUUCUCUUUCGUUCUCCGAGGCCAUUCAUUGGCUUUUAUCAGGAGUGCCUUGCUGAAAGCAUCUGGCCACCAUAUCUGAAAACCCUAAAUCGAAAACCUCAGAUGUUCUCCUCUGCUGCUUCGCAGAGAUGGAGUUGGAGACCAUAGCUCUCAGAGCUCAGCAGCAGCUCGCCAUUUUCUAUAGGGGAUUGUUUUGCCCAGCCCAAACUCUCCAUGUUAUUGUGGUUGUGCUGUGUACCCUUUUUUGCAUCGCUCUAUGUGGACCAUGUCCCAUGAAUGGGAUGCAGAAACAAGUGGAAUAUGAUGCAUGUGGGUCCUACACAGAUAAUUAUGAUCCGGGUUCUCAAGAUAUAUUUGUUGGUGAUAUUAGUUCAGACACUGUUCUGGGAAAUCCGCUGAUGCAUCUAAGUCUUGAGAAUGUUUGUGCUAAUUCUCAUUUGUUCUGCUUUCCUUCAACAUUGCCUGGAUUUUUAACUGAAGAGCAUAGGCUUACAGAAGCUGUUUUAGAAGUUUCAAGAAGUCCUGAUGCCAAACUACCUGUAGGAUCAGCUGUGCCCAGCAAACAAGCUAGUAACUUGAGCUGGUCAUCAGACUAUGGUAUGUUUAAGUUAUUGAAUGGAAGGACUGUUUCUUGUUCUUUGAACUAUAGAGAGGGAGUCCAUGUGAUGCCAUCCCUUCAAACCAGAAGUGCUAAUCAAAAUGAUCUUUCUUCCUGUAGAGGACCUUUACUCAAUCAGAAGAGCACAAGUUCUAUGCUGAACAAGAACUCUGAGAUGAAAAGUUCAAGUUCUUUUGAUGGUUCUUCACUGCCCCAAGUAGAAAUAAGUCCACCUCUACUGGAUUGGGGGCAAAAAUAUUUAUAUCUUCCUUCUGUAGCUUUUAUAACUGUGGAAAAUACCUGCGAUGACAGUAUUUUACAUGUAUAUGAACCAUUCAGUACUGAUAUACAGUUCUAUCCUUGCAAUUUUAGUGAGGUAUUUCUAGGGCCUGGGGAAGUUGCUUCAAUUUGUUUUGUUUUCUUACCUAGAUGGUUGGGUGUGUCUUCAGCUCACCUGAUACUGCAAACAAGCUCUGGUGGUUUCUUGGUCCAGGCUAAAGGCUUUGCUGUGGAGUCCCCAUAUGGAAUAAGGCCCCUAAUUGGACUGGAUGUGUUUUCCAAUGGACGGUGGAGUCAGAAUUUGUCUUUGUACAAUCCUUUUGAUGAAAACCUCUAUGUGCAGGAAGUAACUGCAUGGAUCUCAGUUUCUGUAGGGAAUGCUUCACACUCAACUGAAGCAAUUUGUUCUUUAGAAAAUUUACAUGGUUCUGAUGAGCAUACCAUUCUGAGUGAUGAGGAUGGGUUGGAUGUGACUAGUGGUCACGUUGGCACGCCACUGAUGGCAAUGAAGCCCCAUAGGAACUGGGAGAUUAGUCCUCACAGCACUGACACCAUUAUAGAGAUGGAUUUCUCAUAUGAUUCUAGAGGAAAAAUAUUUGGUGCUUUAUGUAUGCAGUUGCUAAGGCCUUCACAGGAUAAAGCUGAUAUACUUAUGUUUCCUCUGGAAGCUGAUCUGGAUGGGAAAGCUACAUAUGAUGAUGUUACAGGGCCUAUUUCAGUAUCUCUUGAAUCUUUAGGGCCAUGUGAUGCCAGCAGAAAUCUUGCUGUUGCUAUUUCUUUGAGAAAUAGUGCUUCACAUCUGCUAAGUGUUGUCAAAAUUAGUGAAGUUGCUGAUAAAAAGAUUUUCCAGAUCAAAUAUAUGGAAGGCUUAAUACUUUUUCCUGGCACUGUCACACAAGUUGCUGUCGUUAUUUACAGUUACCUGCCUGUUGAAUCGCAUGAUUCUCCAACCGAGUGGUCCAGUAUAAACAUGAACUGUAGAUUACUCGUAUUGAUAAAUGACUCAAGUAGUCCUCAGGUUGAAAUUCCCUGCCAGGAUAUUAUUCAUAUUUGUUCAAGACAUCGAUUGGAUGCAUUUAAUGAAUACAGGCAUCAGUCUGAGAAGGCCAAAUCUGGCACCAUGAGGGCAGGGUCUUUAGGCAACGGCAUGCAGACGGCAUCACAGAUCAAGGCAUUGGAGACAGCAGAAGUAGAUGAAUUGGUGUUGGGAAAUUGGAAAUCUCAAGGUACCACAAGUGGCAUGUCAGUGCUUGAUGAUCAUGAAGUACUGUUCCCAAUGGUUCAGGUUGGAACUCAUCUCUCUAAGUGGAUCACCGUAAAAAACCCAAGCCAACAACCAGUUGUAAUGCAGCUCAUUCUGAACUCAGGAGUAAUAAUUGAUGAGUGCAGGGGCCCAGAUGGAUUAUUACAACCCCCUUCACCCACUGAAUCUAUUACACCGACAAGGUAUGGAUUCUCCAUAGCUGAGAGUGCACUAACAGAGGCCUUUGUCCACCCUUAUGGAAAAGCGUCUUUUGGGCCAAUUUUCUUUCACCCUUCAAAUCGAUGUGGAUGGAGAAGUUCAGCCCUGAUAAGGAACAAUCUUUCAGGUGUGGAGUGGUUAUCGUUGCGUGGAUUUGGAGGGUCACUUUCCCUAGUGCUGCUUGAGGGGUCUGAGCCUGUUCAGAGCUUAGAAUUCAACCUCAACUUGCCAAAUGCUUUCAAUCACUCUCCUCUGGACAUAUCUUUUGAUGUGGAAGACACCACUUAUUCCUGCUUUCAGCCACUGUCCAAAGAACUGUAUGCAAAGAACACGGGGGAUCUGCCAGUGGAGGUGAGAAGGAUUGAAAUUUCAGGGACGGAGUGUGGAUUGGAUGGGUUUAGGGUACAUAAUUGUAAAGGUUUUGCUCUUGAGCCAGGGGAGUCCACAAAGCUUCUGAUAUCAUACCAGACAGAUUUUUCUGCAGCAAUGUUACACAGGGAUCUGGAACUGGCCUUGACUACUGGUAUUCUUGUGAUACCGAUGAAGGCAACUCUCCCUACAUACAUGUUGAAUCUUUGUAAAAAAUCAGUGUUCUGGAUGCGAGUGAAGUUCUCUGUGUUUCUUCUUGCUGCGGUCUUAAUAUUCCUGGUGUUCCUUUGCAUCUUUCCGCAAGUAAUGGGUUUGGGAUCCCAUGAUUACUUGUUUAAGGCUGAGAGUUCUAUUGCCACUUUAAGGAGAGCAGGAAAAUCUUCUGUGCACCGUAACCAGAAAAACAUUAAGGUUUCAGCAUCCCAUGAAGUGGAUGGUUUGUUGAGAUCAGUGGGGGAAACUGACACCUUGAUGUUGGGUUCCAGUGGUGCAGAUCCUGAUGUUCAGGAUGUGCAGCCAGAACAGGGGGUGACUUCUCAAUAUGACAAAACAAAUAUGGGACAUAAAAAACAAACUAAUGGUUUGUUGGACAUUCAAAAGGAAAGAUUAUUGCCUUCCUCUUUGCUAUCGAAGUCUGUGGCAGUUAAGAGCUCUGAUUUUCUAGAAGCAUCACAACCUGGGAAACUCACAGUUAGGAUUGGAAAAGAGAAGGGUCGAAGGCGAAGGAUGAAGAAGGGUGCUGGUGCAGGAGUGACAGGACUGCUUGAAGUUUCAAGUAGUCAAAGUGGAAACUCUACUCCUUCAUCACCUUUGUCCCCGGUUGGUUCUUUCACACCCAAACGAGUGUGGUCACUCUCCCCUGAUGUAGACCAAUCCAGUGAAGCUAGGAAUCCAUUUACUCUAGAAGCACACCAACGCUGUGAGAAGGAUCAAGUUGUUGAACCUGUUACUAAGGCAAACAUAUUCAGCCCUGAGGUUUCUGCAAGGUACUGCAAUAACAAUUGUAUUUUUCCUUAUCAGGAGCAGCAUACUGGGGUUAGAAAAGCAGCUAGUAAACCUGUUCUGCAGCCUUCUGCAACUUUUCCUUGUGCUGUUAGGCCGUCCACCAGUUUACAGUGCCCUUCUCAUGUUUUGGCUUCAUCAUCUGCAAUUGCUCUGCAUGCUCGAGCUCCUGGAUCCAACCUCUACAGCCAGAAAAAAAUUCAAGCAAAGGAAAAGUCAGGCCGUGAGGAUAAAUUCAGAUAUGAUAUCUGGGCUGACCAUUUUUCUGCUAUCCAUUUAAAUGGAUCAACAGAGGUAUCUGCCAUGACUACCAGUGCUACAAAAAGUGAUUCUGAUAGCUUCUUUGUAAGGGGUCCACAAACCCUCAUGACAAAGUCCCAACCAAAAUCCGUAAGUUGCUCUCUACAAGAGGGUUAAUGAUAAAUAACCAAAUUAUUAUUA